UGUUUUGGUUUUCUGAUUCAACGUCAGUGACGGCAGUCUGAGAUGCUCACCGCUGAUUGGCUACCCCGUCUUGCAUUGACUUUACAUGUAAUCGCGCCGCCCCCAGAAGUCGCAUCUCGUCCGGUGUGAACGCACGGAUAAAGAAGGUUGUUAGAAUUUUGAAUUUGUAAGAAUUGUGUUAAAAAUAACUAGUUUUAAUGUUAAUGUUAAAUGUUGCACUGCAUGAAGCUUCAGUGGAUAAGCCUCACGGUUUAAAUGGCACUUUGUUAUCUGCUCACUGCAAAGUGUUGUUUUUUUCUUUGUUGUUGUUGCUGUCAACAAAAUAAUUUACUCAUUCGCUCAAACAAAUGGAAAAUAAGCUACAUACAUUUAUAUUUAGGAUUGUAAUGAAGGAAUGAAUGAAACUCAAAAUGAUAGGUAUGAUGUGAAUAUAUAUAUGUAUCUUUUUGACAUGGUAGUUAUGUUGUGUUCUUGGUUUAAUCGAAUUGGAAGUUGCACCAAAUGAUUUGAUGUCAUUCACAAUUAGCCGACAUAAAGGCCUCACAUUGGAAGUUCUGUCCGGGCGUCUUUUUCACUCAAUUCUGCAACAGGUCGAUCUCGCCUUUCGCCGAGGUCGGGGAUCUUGGGCUUAAAAAGGUUGGUGACCACUGCUGUAGAUUAAUAAAGCACCUGCUGUUGAGAUUUGUGUGUUUAUGAAAUUCAGAAAAACAACGUUAACCAACAAUAAUGAUCAGGUAUUUUAAAUGUAUGUAUUUGUCAUUUAACUUUUUUUAAUGUAUUAUAACGUCAUUAACUAAUUAAAACGUUCCCCUAUUCAAUGUUCCCAGUCAUAUAUUUUGUUUACUUUAGUAUUUAUCUGGUCUGAUUUAUUAUUCAUAAACAAAAACACCAAGCCUGAAGCUGACUAAAUAAAAUGCCAUUCAAUUGAACAAAAAUGAUAAUAAAUACAUAUUUCCAUCACCAUUUUUACUCCCAUUUAUUUAUUUAAUAAUUUCCCUUUAUUUAACUCUUAUUUAAAUGUAUUUAUUUUAUAUAAGACACAUUUUUAUAAUAUGUUAAUGAGAUCCUGUUCACAAUAAAUGGGCCAAACCAUUCUUCACUGGAGGGGGGGACUGACUGGAUGUCAUGAGGAGAAUAUAACCCCCCCCUUAUAUAUUUGUUCUAUUCCAAAUUGACAGCAAAUCAAGAUUUCAGUUGGUACGAUCCAAACAAAUUCAGACUUCCCGCUCCUCUGACUUCCUCUUUAGAAAUCUGAUUAAAACAUAAACCCCGGGCUGAGGUUGAAGGAAGAGACGCAAUGGACCUGAAGGCGUUGGAGACGAAGUGGAGGACGGCGCUGAGCUCCAUCCUGGACGAGCUGACGGCCGACGAGUUCCGGAAACUUCUGUUUAACCUGGAGAAGAUCCCUCAGGGGAAGAAGGAGGGGCGGCUGCGGGGCGACAUGCCAAGCGUCAUCAUCCAGUACUACAGCACCAAGGGAUCCAUCGCACUCAUCGACCGCCUGAUGAAGGACCUUCCCAGGCUGGACAACAGAGUGCAGCAGCCGCUCAGAGGCAUGAAGGACGAGCUGAAGAAACUCCGGCAGAAAAGCAAAGAGGUUCCCGGUGGUAGCGGUGAAACCCAGAGCCUGGAUGACUCCAUCGAGAAACUCAUCGAGAACCUCAGCCUGAGCCCUCAGGCUCCACAGGAGGAAUCCAUCUUUGAUCUAAAAUCCAGUGGAAUUCUUGAGACGGAAGCAAUUGUUGGGAAAGUUGUUAAAAAAUCCGAGCUGCUUUAUCCUGAGAGUCCACUUACCUCCAUUAAAGACAUCAAAUCAUCUCCUCUCAAGACAUACGUGAGCGUCGAAGGAACCGUCACCCAGGUUGAUCCCAUCAAAAAAGUGAAGGUGCAACACGAGGAGAAGAAGACGAAAAGGUUCAAUCUGAAACAGGAAGCUGAUGAAAUCAGCGUCACCAUGUGGGACGAGGCCAUCCAGCAGACCAAAGACGUUUCAGUCGGAGACGUCAUUCUUCUUAACAACAUGAAGCGCAAGGUGUACUUAAGGGAAGUGUAUCUCAACUCAACUCAGUUCACCAAAAUCACCAAGGUGCCUGCAGGGAGUUCUGCAAAUGAAUUUUUUCCUUGAAAUUUAAAACUUCGAAAUGUGGACUUUUUGCAAAAUAUAUAAAAAUUCUGACUUUUUGGUAAAAGGCUCGAAAUGCUGACUUUUUCAAAAAAUCAGAAAAUGUUGAACUUUUUCAAAAAAUCUAAAAAAUCUUCAUUAUUUUUAAAAAUGUUGACAUUUUUCUCAAAAUUCUGACUUUUUCUCAAAAUUCUGACUUUUUAAAAAACUCAAUCUUACUUUAAUUCUUUAUCUCCCUGUUUUUUAUAGCUUGUUUUUGAAGUUAUUAGUUUAAUAAACUGUACAUGAAUAAAGAACCUGGUGUUAUUGUUGUGUUUAUGAAUCGGUCAACGUUCAGCGAUCCAGAAUCAGAAAAACAACGUAAACUAACAAUAAUUAUCAUGUAUUUAAAAUGUGUUUUUACAUGUAUUUUUUUUAAAUGUAUUAUACCGCAAUAACUAAUUAAAACGUUCCCCUAUU